AUGGCGAAAUCCCGCAAAAGCAUCGCAAAUUCGAACCCUUGUCCUGACAAUGAUGAUGGGCCUAGCUGGUAUUUUGCCUACGGCUCAAAUAUGUGUUCAUCGGUAUUUCUUGAACGAAGAGGUAUACGACCAUUGAAAACGGCGGUAGCGACCAUUCCAGGAUACAUACUCUGCUUCGAAGUACCAGGGGUUCCAUAUCUGGAACCAGCACAAGGAUCAAUCAGGAGAUACCGUUCCCCUAAGGCGCAUGACAGCCUCGAUGUCAUUGGUGUCGCAUACCUGAUCACUUCCAAAGACAUGUCCCGGAUACGAGCUACAGAGGGUGGUGGAAUUGCGUACAAGGAAGUGCUCCUGGAAGCAAUGUUGCUAGAUGAAGCCCAUGACAUGGAAAGAGCGAUUCAAGUGCGCACCUUGAUCAGUCGGACUCCUUCGAGCCCAGAAAGGCGUCCAACUAUCAGAUAUCUGAAUUUACUCAUCCGCGGCGCGGAAGAGAAUCAUCUACCGGCUGAUUAUCGUAGAUACCUUUCAAACCUCCCAGUAUUCACAAUAAACAGCUCUUGUCGGUACAGAAUUGGUAGUGCCACUUUCCUAUACUUCUGGAGAUCUGUGCAGAAAGGAUUGGAAUGGGGCAUCAGGUCUUUCAAAGAUGACUCUGGAACAGUCCCCAGUUGGUUUAUUUCAAUCUUUAAUGUCCUCCUGACUACUAUGUGGUUUCAGCAUGACUUCUUUUUCUGCUAUCUUUUUGGGAGAGGGGAUGGACUGUGA